UCCAUGCAGCGCGCAUGCGCCCAGCCGCCGUUGUGUCGGGAGGCGGAGCCCGCCAUUUCCGGUAGGGCCGCCGAGCGGUCCCGGCCCCGCCAUGGAGAAGCUGCGGCGGGUGCUGAGCGGGCAGGACGACGAGGAGCAGGGGCUGACGGCGCAGGUUCUUGAUGCCUCAACACUUAGCUUUGGUACACGAGUCAAGUGGUUUGCCAUAUGUUUCAUUGCUGGCGUUGCAUGUUCUAUUCUUGGAACAGCAUUGUUAUGGCUCCCAAAGGGAAUCAAACUUUUUGCAGUGUUUUACACCUUGGGAAACAUUGCUGCAUUGGCCAGUACAUGUUUCCUCAUGGGGCCUCUGAAGCAACUGAAGACGAUGUUUGAGCCCAAGAGAUUAGUUGCUACACUUGUAAUGCUGCUCUUUCUAGUUUUGACUCUGUGUGCUGUUUUCUGGUGGAACAAGAAAGGCUUGGCACUGAUAUUCUGCAUAUUGCAGUUCUUGGCGAUGACCUGGUAUAGUUUGUCAUAUAUUCCUUAUGCAAGGGAUGCUGUGAUAAAAUGCUUCACGUCCUGUCUGGAAUAAAUUGCAAACAAGGACCGCCGUGUACUUUAAAGCAACUCUUCUGUGAGCUUCCCUCGAAAAGCCUUACUUUUCCACUCCUGUGAUUCCCAGUAGCAGUUUAGUAUUUUCCUCCCCUUUUGCCUUUGGGGGGUUAAGUAACUUUUACUAGAAGCAGUUUUCAAACUACAUGGGAUGAACUUUUCACCCUGAAACCUCCAGGCUUUUUAACCAAAAGACCAAAGUAUGUUUAAACACUUUGCAAAGAGCAGUUUUAAAACUGCCCUGCAUGCAGUAACACAGCUUGUUCCCCAGUGCAGGUGGGCUGCUGCAGUGCAGGCUGGGCAGUGUGCAUCGACUUUGCUUUUACAGUUCUGUCUGAAACCUGCAGCUCUGCUUGUUUGCGCCGUGUUCGUUGUGUGCUUUUCCAAAGGCAGAGUUUUAUGAGCAUUAUAAGGAUGUGGUAAGGUAACUGCUGCUUUGAAAUUCCUCUACUUGUGUUUUAUGGAGAAGGCUUAAUGACAAUACGUGGAAGUCCUGUGAAAAGCGCGUUGAUUUUUAUUAAAACUAUAUUUUCAACUUUUGUUUUUUACUUUUAAACAUAAAAACUAUUUACUAAACAAACUUGUGGAUAAUGUCUAAAUAAAUAAGUUGUGAAAGAAA